ACCGGCCCCGGUCUCCUCUCGUUCCCCGCGCCCUCGGCGCCUCGCGACCCCCAGCCCGCCCCGGCUCGACUCUGCGCCGCGAUCCCGGGCCAUGCCCCGCUACGAGUUGGCUUUGAUUCUGAAAGCCAUGCGGCGGGGUUGGUACAGUAGGCUUCACUAGACUUAGCUGCAACUCAGAAUUUCUCCUCCAGCACCUGAGUAAAUGCUGAUGGUCUUGUGGAUUAAGAGUACAAGCUAAAUUCUCAAUCCCAUUUGAGAAGCGGAGGAAAUGUAAAACUGUCUCCUUCCAAGCUUACCACAGCCACCACCAUCAAGACAGCAAACAAAGGACAAAGACUUUGAACCGCAGUGUUGCUCUGUGUAGUCCAGUUCACGUGUGCUUUACAGACUUGGCUGGGUUACUAAUAAGUAAAUACAAAGUUGGACGCUUCUGUCAUUCGGACGUUUGAUUCACAAGUUACCAGAAUGAGGGCGGUACUGGAGACAGCAGACAUUGCCAUAGUGGCCCUGUAUUUUGUCCUGGUCAUGUGCAUUGGUUUUUUUGCCAUGUGGAAAUCUAAUAGAAGCACUGUGAGUGGAUACUUCCUGGCCGGGCGCUCUAUGACCUGGGUGGCAAUCGGUGCCUCUCUGUUUGUGAGCAAUAUUGGGAGUGAGCACUUCAUUGGGCUGGCAGGAUCUGGAGCAGCAAGUGGACUUGCAGUGGGCGCAUGGGAAUUCAAUGCCUUACUGCUCUUGCAACUUCUGGGAUGGGUUUUCAUCCCUAUUUACAUCCGGUCAGGGGUAUACACUAUGCCUGAAUACUUGUCCAAGAGAUUCGGUGGCCAUAGGAUUCAGGUCUAUUUUGCGGCCUUGUCUCUGCUCCUCUAUAUCUUCACCAAGCUCUCAGUGGAUCUGUAUUCAGGGGCCCUCUUUAUCCAGGAGUCCUUGGGUUGGAACCUCUAUGUGUCUGUCAUCCUGCUCAUUGGCAUGACGGCCCUACUGACUGUCACCGGAGGCCUUGUCGCAGUGAUCUACACAGACACGCUACAGGCUCUGCUCAUGAUUAUCGGGGCACUCACACUUAUGGUCAUUAGCAUGAUGGAGGUUGGAGGGUUUGAGGAAGUUAAGAAGAGGUACAUGUUGGCCUCACCCAAUGUUGCUUCCAUUUUGUUGACAUACAACCUUUCCAACACAAAUUCAUGUAACGUCCACCCUAAGGUUGAUGCCCUAAAAAUGUUGCGAGGUCCAACAGAUGAAGAUGUUCCAUGGCCUGGAUUCAUUCUUGGGCAGACCCCAGCCUCGGUAUGGUACUGGUGUGCUGACCAAGUCAUCGUGCAGAGGGUUCUAGCAGCCAAAAACAUUGCUCAUGCCAAAGGCUCUACUCUAAUGGCCGGCUUCUUGAAGCUUCUACCGAUGUUUAUCAUAGUCGUGCCCGGGAUGAUCUCCAGGAUUCUGUUUGUUGACGACAUAGCUUGCAUCAACCCAGAGCACUGCAUGCAGGUGUGUGGGAGCAGGGCUGGGUGCUCCAAUAUUGCUUAUCCGCGCCUGGUGAUGAAGCUGGUUCCUGUGGGCCUUCGGGGCUUGAUGAUGGCGGUGAUGAUUGCGGCUCUGAUGAGUGACUUGGACUCCAUCUUUAACAGUGCCAGUACCAUCUUCACCCUGGAUGUGUACAAACUUCUCCGUAAGAGUGCAAGCUCCCGGGAACUAAUGAUAGUGGGUAGGAUAUUUGUGGCUUUCAUGGUUGUCAUCAGCAUAGCAUGGGUGCCAAUUAUUGUGGAGAUGCAAGGAGGUCAGAUGUACCUCUAUAUUCAGGAGGUGGCAGAUUAUCUGACCCCUCCGGUGGCAGCCCUCUUCCUUCUGGCAAUUUUCUGGAAGCGCUGUAAUGAGCAAGGAGCUUUCUAUGGUGGAAUGGCAGGCUUUGUUCUUGGGGCCGGCCGUCUGAUACUGGCUUUUACCUACCGUGCUCCUGAAUGUGACCAACCUGAUGACAGGCCAGCCUUCAUCAAAGACAUCCAUUAUAUGUAUGUGGCUACAGCAUUGUUUUGGAUCACAGGACUCAUUACUGUAAUUGUUAGUCUUCUCACACCACCUCCCACAAAGGACCAGAUUCGCACCACCACCUUUUGGUCCAAGAAGACCCUGGUAACAAAGGAGAGCUGCUCUCAGAAAGACGAACCAUACAGAAUGCAGGAGAAGAGCGUUCUGCGGUGCGCUGAGAAUAGUGAGAUUGUCAACCACGUCAUUCCCAAUGGGAAGUCCGAAGACAGCAUCAAGGGACUGCAGCCUGAAGAUGUUAAUCUGCUGGCGACAUGCAGAGAAGAGGGCAACCCAGUAGCUUCCAUGGGUCACUCAGAGGCGGAAACACCAGUAGACACUUAUUCCAAUGGGCAGGCAGCUCUCAUGGGUGAGAAAGAGAGAGAGAAGGAAACAGAAAACAGGAGCAGGUAUUGGAAGUUCGUAGACUGGUUUUGUGGCUUUAAAAGUAAAAGCCUUAGCAAGAGGAGUCUCAGAGACCUGAUGGACGAGGAAGCCGUUUGCUCACAGAUGUUAGAAGAGUCUCCACAAGUAAAAGUGGUCUUAAAUAUUGGACUUUUCGCUGUGUGUUCACUUGGAAUUUUCAUGUUUGUUUAUUUCUCCUUAUGAACCUAAGGACGUGGUGAGACACUUAAGAAAAUACUGGUCUUUGGAAACAAAAUGUAACUGUUGCAUCUCUCAGGCAUUGUUUACGCUGAAGGUUUUAGCCAAAUUUUACUUAGCAGAAAAUCAUCGAUUUGCAAGACUAUUUUCCCAGAGAUGGAUGAAAAUAAAUCUUCAACUUAAAUGAAACAAAACAGACUGAAUUGUGCAAAAAAAAAAAAAAUAAAUGUGGUUUUAGAGUUUUUCAUACCAAAGUGAGGAAAGACCAAUACUUCUCAUAGAUCACUUAGAGCAGAGCGUGUUAUGGUAUCUUAUAAAGUGUCUUGUCUGCAUUGCCAAGUCUUAGUAGACCUUAUGCUGAAGUAGAUUUGCUCACUUGUAAGGUUUUUGUCUCUAAUCCCUGCUAUGAUUACAAAACUGAAUCGUAGAGACUGUGUGAGUACUUCUGUCCUGACAGUCUACCGUGCUGUAUAGUAAUUACUUCAGGACGACGCUGUCUGUGUGGUUGGUUUUGUUAGCAUGAGUCUGUGGAUUCUGCUUGCCAAAAGAAAGGAAGAGUGUUUUCCUGUAGGUGUUUUGUACCACGUGUAUGUGGAAUGUUAGUGCUUCGGGGCAGACUUUGUUUAAACCCCUCCCUAUGUUUUCUUCUUACUUAAACUGAACCAUGCCGAAAUGACUAUCAAGUCUGUCUAUAAUUAUUUUUUAAUGGGGGGAAGUAAAUACUGCUGAUGAUCCCCACAUUUAUUGACCAAAUAAGGUUUUAAAAUAUAGUUUGAGAUUUAGCAGCUAUCAUGCAGUGCUUGAUAAACUUUGCUAAGAGAAUUAUGAGUCAUCUCCUACCUGUUUUCUAGCUGCUUCCUUGUCAUUUUGUAACAUUCCUUCUUAAUUAGCCAGAUGCCUCCUCAGAGGUGUCCAGUUGUAAGAAAAUAUUCAGUGUCAUACAGAAAGCUGGCACAGGUUCUGUGUGCUGGGUUGUGGCACUAGAUUAGCUUGUGACACCCUGAUGUUGUGUUUAGAGGAAACAGCAAACUCCAUACUGUGUUUUCUGUAAGUCCUUCUCCUGCUUUUUGUCUUUCUUGAAGAUUUGCCGCAGGUGUACGGCCAUACCGUCACCGUCAGCACAUGAGUGCGUUUCCCUACAAAGUGGCCGUCAGUCACAAAACACUCUUCACCCUUGCUGUUGAUCAGUGUAGGGUUUCUGUACAGUGGCCAGCGUGUUCAGGAGUUGCCAUGAACAGAGACUUCUGGGUUUAGCAGUGAGCUCGAGGAGGAUAACAAGGCUCUCAUAUGGACCUUUGCCUUGGCUUAGUAUCCAGCUGCAACAUCCAUGGGCAGUGGAUCUUUUUUAUGGGCUGUUUCUCCUUAGUGAGUAUGGUACAGAAGGAAUUAGAGAAAAUCUUGUGGAUCAUGUGUAUGUAUAGUCCUUUGUCUUCAACCCUGCCUGUUCACCUCCAUAAGAGAUGAAGAAAGCUACUUACAUGUACCUACUUUCUUUAAGCUAAUAACUUUUAAAAUUACAUAAGAAAUUUGUUAACCCUUGUACUCAAGGAGAAUUAUUACUUUUAUAGAUCAUUUUGUAGAUUUUGAAUCAAAACUCAAUCUUGAUAACUUUUUUUUUUAAUGCAUCAACUUGUUUGCAGGCAAUGGACUUGAGUCCAACACUGACUUUCAGGAUCAUUGGGUACAUGCCGUCUUCCUGUCUUCAGGAGAUUUUCUGAUGGACUGAUGUGUAGAUGGAAAAAGUUAUGUACGAAUAGCAUGUAUUUCUGAAGAACUUAGAGUGCCUUGUACAAUUUUUCCUCUCAAUUUCUAUUUUGAGGUUUAUAACCUAGGGGCCAAGUUGAUAGGGACCACCCUUUUCUUGAAUGGAGGCUGAGGCUAUGAUGUGACCAAGGCUAUAGAACAUUUUGGAAAGAUGAGAAAUCAGUUCUCCAAAUCUGGAUUUAGAGUUUGCCCACGUGUGUUUGAGUGAAUGGUUUGUUUGUGGUUUCUGACAGUCUUCUCUUAAAGAAUUUGAGAUAACCUUCAGGCUUUGAAAACAUCUACAAGAUCUUGAGUUGUUCAAAUUUGUAUUAAGUUGUAGGAGUUAGUAUUACCUUUGGACACACCCUAUGCACUUAGCAAGGAUUUUGACACAUUGGCUGAGUGGCCUUCCUAACCCUUGUUUUUAGAGCAUAGAUGAAUAGGUGUUUAUGUGAAUUCCGCCUUUAUCUAAUGUUGAGUCCUAAUAAUUUGGAACGCUAAGAGUCUUUUUACCCUCUUUUUGUUGUCUUGUAGUGAGCUACAUAAAAUUCAUAAUCGUGUCUGUGCAUAAAUAGCAGUAGGUCAAACUUAGAGUACUAGUGUUUGUAAAUAAGGAGUGACUUAGCAUAUCCAUUAGGUAUUUAUUCUUAUCAGUGUGAACAUCACUUUAUUGACUCCGAAGUCCCUAACACUUGUCUUCCUUACUGCUUCCCACGAAUAGAUACUCUGAUUGAGUAAGCAUGUGAUUGGUGAUGGCUGCUUCAUUUCAGGAGACCAGUCUUUAGCCUAGGUUGUUGGAAUGAUCUUGGAGUGAUACGUGAUAAUGUCAGGCUAGCAAAAUGUUCCUCCUUCACAUGGAUAUAUGAGUCCUGAGAGAUGGCACGGAUCUGUAUAGACAUCUACACAUGCAGUCUGUGCUUGUGUCAACUAGGGUUCUGAAUUGACCAAGACCGACACUGACUAAAAUAGUUUGGUUUACAAAGGUAGGUGAGAAACGGUUAUCCUCUGUAUGUGAUAGACCAAGCUUCUAGAUGUUUUGUCUUCCCAGGCACUUGGUGUCUGGGUCUAGAGCGAAGGGCUUUUGACGGUGGCCUGGAGGAUGAUUGUUGACUCUUCUGUGGGACUUGGGGUUUCUCUUUCAUUUCAGAAGAUUGUGUCCUGCCAUCCCAAGAAUAAACAGCUGGGCCAAUCUCUCCUUCAGCUGUUCUUUCCUGGUAGUGAUUGUCUUGGUCUUCAGAAGGCUCUUGGCUCAUUUCCAGUGUUCCCUUCUCACUGGCUUAAAGAGCCGUCAUUACCUUGCACAGAGGAGCUGACCAGGCUUGUGUGUCCUUGUCUCUUAGAGAUGUUUCUGUAAUAAAUUAGCGUGACCUUUCACUUUGUGAAACUUCCCAGUUAAGAAUGGACCAGUGGAGUUUCUGAGCAUGGGGUUAAAAGCAUUGUCGGGUUAAAUUCCAAGUGCAUGAUCUUCUCAUCUCUUUGAACGUCACUUAGUGUAGUCUAUGGAUAAGUCCCCCCCCAAAUAAAUAAGCUGUGUCAUUCCCAUUGAGAGAUUAGUUCUUGCAGCCUCUCAUUUGACUGGUACUACACAACCAUGAUUGCUUCAUUCCCUCAUGCCUUAUUCCCUAUCACAUCUUCUUUGGAGGUAUGAUGCAAAGGGACCACAUAGGUAUCUAGUAGUGACAGCUCACCAUUCCCUAGGUUUUAUGCUGAAAGACCAUUCCUGUUAAGUCAUGAGACUGCAGAGCCUUGUUGGCGCACGGUUUUUCUAGCAAAUAGUAAUAAUAAGCUUGAGAUGUUGACAAGUGCAUAUGUAAUAACAGAUGUGAACAGACUGAUAAGAGCAAACUAGUUUAAGAUCUGUAGAGGAAAAAGGUCACAUUCACUGAGUUCCAGAACUUCAGGCAUCUGGGCUGCCAGCUACUAUAAGCCCCACCCCAGGGCGUGAGGCCCAGCUUAGUAACCCCCAGUUUAAUGUUAACAUGAUAGAGGCUAAAGUGGCUGACAUCUAAUAGUGGUAUUUUAGUGAAAACCAUGCUUGUAGGCUUCAUUAUCUCUGGGGUUUCGUUUUGCCUAAGCAGAGUUUACAAAUGGCUUCUGGUUAUCUUGUCUCCAUUGCUUCUUAGUUGUCACCUGCUCUUUAUUUCAGACCUUUCAGAUUUCCUGUUUAGCACUUGGUUUUUGUUUUUUUUUUUCCCCACAUACUCUCUUGAUGUGCAGAUGUCUUGCUUUGCCCAGUAUUGAGGACUUACAACCAAAUAGUGAUUCAUUAAAUUAUAGUUAGGUUUAAAAUCCCAAACCUAUAGUAACUAAAAAUGUUAAUGAGAAUAAAUGUUUAUAUUGGUUAAUAAUAAAAGCACCAGUGUUUCCGUAUUUUUAAUCAGGGGACAAUAGUGAGUUUUUGUAGCUGUCCCUAGGAAACGAUGAUGAUGGUGUCAGGUGACCCCGAAAGACUCAUUUUUUCCAUGAAGGCAAAAGUUUGAAAUUAGUUGGUAUAGAGAAACUCUUGUGCUGUUAGGUACAAUGCUUGGGCAGGACCCUCCCACGAUCACCUCUCCAUUUGCCGUGUUCCUGUCACACUGUCCUGAACACUGUAGCUGCUCAGCCACUUGACUUCUAGGAGUGAAGUGAGCUGAGGUUCUGUGUAAGAGUGUUGUUAGCGUCACGUCCCACACUUAGUCAUGUGUUUUCUUUUAAAGUUCUCACCACUGACUGGUCUUUUAACAACGUUGUGAAAUUGAUGCCUUUUAUGUUUCUGUCUCCACUCCUUUAUGAAAGGCGAGGUUUAGUUUGAGUGUGAGCUGCCAUUUUUCUAGCAACCAAGAGCGGUUGCCCUGUAGCCUGUUGCUGAGAAAAGAGAUGUAGUGUGUGUGUCGUUACUCAUCUCGUGCACUUGACUCCAGAGGUGUGUGCGUCCUGUGAGCUCUGUGGGUGGCCUGAGUCCUCGUAAGUGUGGGGGCAGUGGCUUUGCUGUGCCUAGGAAGGCCAAGGAGUUCCGUGAUUCUGUGCUGGCACCGUUGUCCUCCUGGUGUCUGGUGACUCUGCUAGGGAUUUUCUGGACAGCACAAGUUGACAGGAUAUACCCACCGCAUAAUUAGAUCAGUUUGCCCUAUUUUCCUAAGCACUGCUGGAUAUAGAAAUUUAUAUGUAAAGAAUAUACACACUAAUUUAUAACUCAAUUUAUCAGUGUAGCCUAGGCUUCUGAAACAGAAUGUCGUGAGUGUGUGUGUGUGUGUGUGUGUCUGUGUCUGUGUCUGUGUAAAUUGGAAAGAGAUUGGGCUUAUUAAAAUCUUCAAAUGGCAGUUGCUACUAUGCCGGGUUUUCCCUCCACAGUGGAAUCCAAUUCUGAGGUUUGUGCUUAGGUUCUGGGUAGCUCUCUGCUUGCCAGUGUUGAUGUGUGCUAGUUUGCACCUGUCCCCUCCGUGGCAGUGAGCUCCCGGUGCUGUCCGGAGCUUUUAGUGUAACUAGUGAAGAAAGCUAACAGAAAGUACACGUUUACACACUUUUAUGUGUAGUCUUUUGCUCAUGGAAACAAGGCAGUCGAGUAUAUGUAUUGUAGCUUUAAUGUUAUUUAUUCAUCCUAUUUGCUUUUAUAUCUAUAACUAAAAAUUUCAAGUUACAUUAUGAGUAUAUUUUAGAAUGGUCCAGUUUAGGUUGUUUAGGGCGUCUGAGAACUCCUGUAACAGUAGUUCAUCCAUGUGUGAGGAGAGAGGAAAGGUCCACAGAAAGCACAGAGCCGUGUUCACACGUGUGUGUCUUCACUGCUAAAAAGCACAAACCUAAUAGCAUCCUCACUAACCCGCAAGUGCAAGUCAUAAACCACCACGUCUCUGUCCCGGGUCGUCACAGCUGUGACCUCAGUGUCACAGCUGGGUCCUCAGUCUGUCUGUUGCUCUGAUGGAGAGUAACUGCUUAUGUUUGGGCUUGUUAGGAAAAGAGGUCUGUGCACACAGACCCACAAUCUGAAACUAGACCUGGGCAGUCGGGUUUCUGGUGGGCAGGGCAGGUGACAGCUUUGUAAACGAUAGUUAUUUGAAUAUUUAAGAAAACAAAAUCUUGUCUAGAAGAAAUGUAUUUGUUUUUUACAGUGCUCUAAAAACAUGAAAAAAUUCACAUGAAAUAGUACAAAUACUAUAAUGGUCUCUUGUAUAGGUUUACACAAGGUGACAUUACCUUUAUUUUCUUUAUGUGCUUUACUCUUUAGUAGUGAGUUGGAUCUUUGUGUUCCAAACAUCAAACUAUUUCUGGACAGAUUCGACAUGACAUUGCUUUCCAUAAUGGCACUGAGUCUUUUAGUGUGUUCUUUCUGUUAGCUCCUCAACACUAGAUGGCUGGGAAACUGUGGGUGUGCGUGCAGAAGGGGCAACGGCAUUUCCUCCCGCCCAGCACCGCCCUCCCCGUUUUCCUCACCUCCACAUAGUCCCGUGUCUAUGGGAAUGAAAAUGUGGGCCUCAGCAAGAGAGCGCUUCCUACUCUGUGUGGGUAUUUCUCUUCUUAGGGAUAGGCUUGGAACCCUCGUUGUAAUUGUUAUCCACUAAUGUGACCUAAAACACAGACAAACAAGCAAAAGCAAGGUCUUGGUGUGUGAUAAAUCUUAGCAUAGUUCACAUGAACACUGGUGAGAUUUCUCCCUCCAGCAAGGAGCUAGGUGUGUGUACUUACAACAGCCUUUUACAACAGGUAACCUUGAGAUUCCAGGGUCGGGGUGAGGGGCUGAGGGGAGAAGUGUGUGAGGAGUAGCCUUGGCUUAGCCAUAUGUGAGUGUGGAGCAGUUAACCUUUGACCUGUGUAUUCUGUACCUUUAAGAGUUUAUUACAACUUUUUGAAAUGCUUUUUAAAAUUUCUUUGGCAGAAAUGAUUUUCAUUUAUAAUCUUAUGGAAAACGGCUUUAAUUAUACUAAGUGAAAAGUAGUCAUAGUGUAAAUAUGUAUAAUUUCCUAAUUUCACUGUGAGAUCUCAUACUUUUGAGUGGCGAACAGAUCACCAAGUCUUUUGCUCAUGGACUUGUGGGGUUAACAAGAUGUAAAAGCUUUAUUAUUAUUAUCUUUAAUAGGGACAUACUACAGUAGUGUCUGAUGAUAGUACGGAACCAUUCCUCUGCUGCCCUGGCCAUUUUUGCUUCUGUCUGUGAGCACCUGCAGAGUUGAGCCCCGGCAGGGGCUUGCCUGUCCCUUGCUCGGACGCCUUGCUCUGUCUAGAACUGUUGGUAAUCACUAUAUGAAUUGUUAGGCUUUUCUGCUUUUAUUUUUCUUUUUUGACAAAAUGGAUAUCAAAAAUAGUUGCUGUGCAAAAGUUAGUAGUCUUCUUCAAGAAGAGAACCAUUCCUUUUCUAAUAAUACCCUGUGAAAUUGCUUCAUUCAUUCCUUUAUUUUUAAGCCAAAUGUCAGCGGAAACUGCUGCUUUUAUCUAAAUCAUUUUGAUAUGUAAGUAUUAAUGCAUUUUAAAAGAUGUCUGCUUGAGAAAUAUUUUCCCAGCUACUGCCUUUGAAAGUCUGACUAGGAGGCCAGUCAGUGCAUUGGGCUAUGUAUUAUGUACAUGUAUCAUUUUAGUCUGGUAUUGUAGACCAAAUAUGGUUAUAAUGGAGUUGAUGAACAUUCAUUUGCUAUUGGUUAGUUUUGAAUUAUUUCCAGUUUACUAUCUGUUGUCCUCAGCCUCUUUCGUGUUCAAGUUUGACUAAUAAGGUUCAUUUCGUUGUGUAAGGUAUUAGUUUCAAAGAAAUUAGAAUUUACUUCCAUCUUGAAAACAGUUACAACUGUAGAUUUAAAAUUGUUAACUAUUUGUGACAAUUCUAACUUGCCUAUACUGUAUACAACUGAUUUUUAAAAUUGUAGAAUUGUAUGAUCUGGGUUUACUGUGUUGUGUUACUGUUGUUUAAAAAUGGCAAAAAAAAAAAAAAGAAAAAAGAAAAAAAAGCAAAUCCGCUAAAGAGCUGUCAGCUCCUGUUGCUGACCGCAAAAUGCGCCUCUCCGUGCGCUCGCGUUAUCUUGCCAGCUGCUACAUUACCGUCAGAAGUGUUGGAAACUAAGAUGACCACAUCUUGCAAAGUCCGUUCCUUUCUGUGGUAUUUUGUCCUGUAACUGAAAUGUAGAAAUUAUUUUAUGAAGAUGUUAGCACUUCUGUACCAACUUUGAAUAAAAUGAAAAAUUUA